AUGGAGACAAAGAGACACAGUAAAUCACUCUUCACCUUCCCUGUCACAGUACUAAUUUCUUUGUGUUUGCAAACAAGCGCGAACCACAUCGGCCAUCCUGGCCUUCAAAAUGAAACCUGGAAUCCUACCACGCAGAACAUAAGGGGAAGCCAGAACAUCACAGAAGCCAAUACAAAUUCUCCUCUGAGCAUGAAUUUCAGCAGCAGAACGAUUAUGUUUGAAACACAGACAAGCACCCUGCAAGCCUCCUCCUCCACAACGGCCCCAAAUCCAACAACCCCCCCUGCCCAAAGUGCUGUUUCUGUCUCUGGAGGGCCCAGGAACAGCAGCAAACCCAAGAGUACAAUGACAAAAGAAACAUGUGAAGACAACAAGUCUCUUAUACUGAUUUGCUUCAUUGUCAUAGCAGUACUUGUGCUUAUCUGCACCUUCUUAUUUCUGUCAACAGUCAUAGUAGCAAACAAAAUGUCCUAUCUCAAAAAAUCUCAGCAAGGAAAACGUAGGCCCAGGAGCAACGGUGAUAUUCUUGCAACUAACAGUCUAUGGCCAACUGCAGCAGGAACAUGGCAGAGGAUGCCUAAGGAGACAGCUGGAACUGAUGUGAUAAUGCAAGAUCUGAUAUCAGGCAGAGAUGCUGCACUCCAAGGGAAAACCAACAAUGAAACAACUGAGAAACUCACUAAAGAAACAGAUCAUGAACAGGAAAAGAAAGAAUCACACAAACCCAUUCUAACCAAUUUUGUAGUUGAAAUUUAA